AUUGAGGACUCCGUCUAUGGGAAUUCUCAAUUCUGAACCUUCUCUGGAUCUGACCUUCCCAUAGGGCGCCGCUCCGACCGGCGAAUCACUACAAGAUCCAAUGGUGGUUGGAACCUGGGGCCGACCAGGCUAUGAUCCAGGACCAAAUUGAUCUUUCACUUUGACAGUCUGCGUGAUUACAUCAAGGUCGUCGGCCAACAUUGUUAUAUCCGAAUCAUGCAGCGGAAUGGCAGGAAACUACAUCACACUUGGUUUGAACUUACGUAGCAAGAAUGAUAUUCACUCGCUGUUAUUUAGGGUGAAUGUGCAGCAACUCUAUUCGGCUCUUCUUACGGGUCCCAGAUGUGCCGUUUGGAGGCCCUUCUUGACCGGAGUGCAUUUUCCGCUUGGGAAAUCAUCUCACCAAAUUCAAAUCUUUGUUUCGUCCCUGCAUUUUAGACCAUGCGGUGCCCAUGUACAGUAGGUCAUGGGUCUGAGGACUAGCUUACUCGCUGCACUAUAAAGAAGAUCUGGACGGCUUGUAGAACUGUAGGAACAAGAGCUCCUCUUUCAGUACCCAUUUCGCUCCCCCAUAAGUCGAUAUGAAGUUCUUCAAGUCUUCCUUUGCUGCUGCUCUUGUGUCAACUAUUAUCACUCUGGUUUCCGCUGAGACCCAUACCGUCAUCUUUGACAAUAGGUGCGGUCGCGGGACCCCCAUACUCCGGGCCCAAAAUGGGGACAUACUCUCUACAGGUGGACCGUUCACCAUUGGCGGGCCUCUCAUUGGCGCUAUAGCUUAUCUUCAAAUUGGUAGCUGCGGCAAUAAUGGCGAAGGUUGUACGUUGAUCGAGACUACACUGCGCAACCCAACGUCGCCUGGCUCCGGUUCUUCUACCGAUAUCUCUCUCAUCCCCCCCCAUACAUUCUCGGUUACGAGUGGAUUUGGUUAUUUUAAUGGUUGCGAGCCUGCGGGCGCAGAUUGUGACAACCCAGACUGUCCUACCGCAUUCCAUCAACCAGGUGAUACGAAUGUCCAAGUUGCAUGUCAAGUCAAUGAUGUCAACCUGGCCAUUACGUUCUGUCUUUAACUGGGCUACCUCAAAUGCGAUCCUACUAGUCAAAUAGGACAAACAAGACAUUUUGUAUUAUAGGCUUGAGCUAUAUAAGAGAAUCUGACUCGGAAUCUGCAACCCACAGUGUAACUGGAAUAUUGAGAUACAUUCGGACGCCGUCUCAUGAUCGU